CCUGCAACGAAAGAGGGAGGGGGAAGGACGAAGACAGGCUACUUGAGGGGAGCCUAAAAACGAGAUUACUUGAGCCGGGGUUCUUCCUAGCAUCCUAGUCAUCCACCUGGGAUCUUCUCUUUGGUUUAGUUCUCUUCUGCAAAAGAUUUAACCAUGGGUGACGAAGACAAGAAAGAGAAGAAGAAGAAGACCAAGAAGAAGGCAGAAGAAGAUGCACCUGAAUCUGCCCCUGCUGCCCCAGCUCCCGCUUCCAAACCAGCCUCUCAGAAAAGAAGGGCCCAAAGAUCUGGCAGUAAUGUCUUCGCUAUGUUUACCCAACAUCAGGUCCAAGAAUUUAAAGAAGCUUUCCAACUCAUCGACCAAGAUAAGGAUGGUUUCAUCUCCAAAGGAGACAUCAGAGCAACAUUCGAUUCCCUUGGUCGUCUAUGCACAGAAGCUGAACUCGACUCCAUGGUAGCUGAAGCCCCCGGCCCCAUCAACUUCACUAUGUUCCUGACCAUUUUCGGUGAUAGGAUAGCCGGUACGGACGAGGAAGACGUCAUUGUCAAUGCCUUUAAUAUGUAUGAUGAGGGAGAAGGAAAAUGCCGAGAGGAGACGUUGAAACGCGCUUUGACCACCUGGGGAGAGAAAUUCUCAGAGGCUGAGGUUGAGGAAGCCCUCUCAGAAGCCCCCAUCGACAACAACGGUCUCAUUGACAUCAAGAAAUUCGCAAACAUCCUUACCAAGGGAGCAGAAGAAGAAGAGGGAGGUGGAAGAAAUAUAGUCUCAAAAAAUGAAAAUUACGAUGACUGCUCUGGAGGAAGUCUGAGAGAGUUGCAAAAACCACCAAGGAAAGAGAGAGGAGUUAGUUCCUAUACUACCUCUGAAAAUUCCUCAUCUAAGAACUCCUCAGAAGUUAGAAUUGGAACUCUGGUAGCCAUGUCAAAGAAGACAAAAGGUGAAAACACAAAGAAGACCGCUCGAAGAGCAACUUCCAAUGUAUUCGCCAUGUUUGAGCAGAAUCAGAUCGCCGAAUUCAAAGAGGCGUUUCAAUUAAUAGAUUCCAAUAAGGAUGGACUUAUCGACAAAAACGACCUUAGAGCUACAUUUGAUUCCCUAGGAAGACUAGUAAGUGAAACUGAUCUCAACAACAUGCUUGCUGAAGCUCCUGGCCCUAUUAAUUUCACCAUGUUCCUUACUAUUUUUGGAGAGAGGAUAUCAGGCACAGACCAAGAGGAAGUAAUCAAAAAAGCGUUUAAGACUUUUGACCCUGAUGGCAGUGGAAAAAUCAGCGAAAAGAAAUUACGCAAAGCUCUAAUUACCUGGGGAGAGAAAUUACAGAAUUCGGAAGUAAGAAGUACAUUUGUUACAAAAUUUAUUCACUUUUGCAAUUUGCUUAUCAAUGGCUAUACAUUUUGUUAUAAUUGCAUCCAUGAAUAUCAGAAUUCGAGGUUCUGUACAAUCUGAAAAUGUAACUUAUCU